AUGAACCUCCAGGCAUUUUUCAAAUUUGCUGCUGUUGCUAUGCUCGGCGUUACUUCUGUCCAGGCAUCACCUUUCUCUCUCGACCGCCGCUUCGACCUCAAGCCGCGAGACACGGUUGUCUCCAACCAAUGUUCUGAUCUCGUUGUUGGUGCCACCAAGACACCCGACAUUGGCUCCGUGUGUGUUGCUCUCACCAGUGGCCAGCUUAGCAUCACCUACAAGAUCGAUGUCACUGGCUGGACGUUCAACGAAGUCCACGCCUGGGUCGGCACCUCUGCGCCUACAACAACUGUCCCCGGCGCUUCCCCUGGUCAAUUACCUUACACAGUUGCCAAUGGCAAAUGUAUUAUCAAUUCUGAUAAAACUCAAGUCGUGUGCACUGUCUCUCCUAUCCCCAGCGCAUGGAGAGGCUGUGACGGCCAACUCUACAUCGUUGCUCAUGCGGACGUAACUGGCCCAGGAUCAACCACCUCGCAAACCGCAUGGGACAACGGUCAAUGCUUCGACUCCAAGGGCAACUGCGCGAAAUACUUCAAGGUCAAUAGAGAGUGCCAGUGCCCAGUGGAAAUUGACUAUUUCCCUGUCACCUCUACUUCACUCUCUACUAGCAUCUACCCGUCUACGUCGACCACCACGUACACUACCUCUACCAUAUCUACGUAUACCACCUCUACUACAGUUACCUUUGAGACUCAGUCCGAAUCUACUACGACGAUAACGUCCGUCACUUCAAGCGUGAUCAUCACAACCCCGCCUCCCACCACCACUACCUCGGCUUGUGCCGACCCAGCAGCCGGCACCCGCACGACUACUAUCUCCAAGGAACUAUAG